GCUAAGGUCUUUCACACGUGAAGAAGCUACUCUUCCUGUGGCUACGGAGAGAGAUGCAGAACUCAGAGCUAUAAGAUAGAAAGAGGAAAACAAGACGAAGCAAAACAAAACCAAGGACAGGAAGAAAAGAGACUAGCGUAUAAGAAUAAAUGAGAACAGUGGGGAAAAUCUGAAGGCAGGAGAAAGGAAAGGGGAGGAGAGAGGAAGGGAAAGGAAAAUCCACACCCCGUGGAACAAAAUCUAGAGCAAACCGGCUUGUCUGCAGUUUGUUCUUAUAAAAGAGAAGAAAGCACCUGAGGAUUGCCUUUUUUUUCCCCAAGACUCAGUCAAUAAAAAAAAUGCUCUAACCUUCAUAGAAAAAAAAAACCGAGCUGAGCUAAAAGCCAGUUUGGAUAUUGGUUUGAGGAGAGUGUUAAAGGGAAAUCCAAACUGUCUGGGUGCAUCUGCAUGAAGCAGCUGCCUGUGUAAAUUGAGCAGAAUUCAGCUCUGGUUCGGGAGAUCCACAUCCCCUCACUCCUGUGAGUGCUCGAGGGAGUAGCUGGUUCAAUUCUAUUUUUGUCCACAUGUCUAUUUUUCCUUUUUAAACCACUUUCUUUGGUGGCAACCUAGAGCGACCGGAAAGUGUCUUAAUUAUACUAAAUGUAAAUUUGAGAUUUUCUUUUUUAUCUACAUGUGCCUCUUUUAAAGGGCCAGGACGAAGGGUCAUUUUAGGAAAAGGACAUUUUCAUUUGAAAGGCUUAGGAAGAAAUACAAAUAGAUAAGUAGGCUGAGGGGAAGGAAAUUUCAGUGGUUGAUUUUUUUUUUCUGAAAAAAAGAUGGAAGAAAAGGCCAGGCACCGAAACAACGUUGAAAAGAGCCCCACAGGCGGGAGCGAGUCUGAUCCUGGUCCAGAUGCUGGUUCUGGAGGGGGUGGAGUAGCACUGAAGAAAGAGAUUGGGUUGAUCAGUGCCUGCGGCAUCAUUGUAGGAAACAUCAUUGGUUCAGGAAUUUUUGUCUCACCAAAAGGUGUUCUGGAGAAUGCUGGCUCUGUGGGCCUUGCUCUGAUUGUAUGGAUUGUAACCGGGCUCAUCACAGCUGUGGGUGCAUUGUGUUAUGCUGAACUUGGAGUUACUAUCCCUAAAUCUGGAGGUGACUACUCUUAUGUCAAGGACAUUUUUGGAGGCCUGGCUGGGUUCCUAAGGUUGUGGAUUGCUGUGCUAGUAAUCUACCCCACCAACCAGGCUGUCAUUGCUCUCACCUUCUCCAAUUAUGUGCUGCAACCACUCUUCCCCACCUGUUUUCCUCCAGAGUCUGGACUACGACUCCUGGCUGCAGUCUGCUUAUUGCUUCUCACAUGGGUCAACUGUGCAAGUGUGCGAUGGGCCACCCGAGUGCAGGACGUCUUCACAGCUGGGAAGCUCUUGGCCCUGGGCCUGAUUAUUGUCAUGGGGAUUGUGCAAAUCUGCAAAGGACAGUACUUCUGGCUAGAGCCCAAAAACGCUUUUGAGAAUUUCCAAAAGCCGGACAUCGGCCUCAUCGCACUGGCUUUCCUUCAGGGCUCCUUUGCCUAUGGAGGCUGGAACUUCCUUAAUUAUGUGACAGAGGAACUGGUUGAUCCCUACAAGAACCUUCCUCGAGCUAUUUUCAUCUCCAUCCCUCUGGUCACUUUUGUGUACGUCUUUGCCAACAUUGCUUAUGUCACUGCGAUGUCACCCCAGGAGCUGCUGGCCUCCAAUGCUGUUGCUGUGACCUUUGGAGAGAAGCUUCUCGGCGUCAUGGCCUGGAUCAUGCCCAUUUCAGUUGCGCUAUCCACAUUCGGUGGCGUCAACGGAUCUCUCUUUACGUCUUCCAGACUGUUCUUUGCUGGAGCCCGGGAGGGCCACCUGCCCAGUGUGCUAGCUAUGAUACACAUAAAACGUUGUACUCCUAUCCCUGCUCUCCUCUUCACGUGUAUCUCUACCCUGCUGAUGCUGGUGACCAGUGACAUAUAUACGCUCAUCAACUAUGUAGGCUUCAUCAAUUACUUAUUCUAUGGCGUCACAAUUGCUGGGCAAAUUGUCCUGCGAUGGAAGCAACCUAAUAUCGCCCGCCCCAUCAAGAUAAGCCUGCUAUUUCCUGUUGUCUACCUGCUGUUCUGGGCCUUCCUGCUGGUCUUUAGUUUGUGGUCGGAGCCCGUGGUUUGUGGCAUUGGCCUGGCUAUCAUGAUGACAGGUGUCCCUGUCUACUUUCUCGGUGUGUAUUGGCAGCACAAACCCCAGUGUUUCAAUGACUUCAUAGCAUCCCUGACCUCGUUGAGCCAGAAGCUGUGUGUGGUCGUGUAUCCCCAGGUGGAUGAGAGCCCAUCGAAAGAGGAGGAAUCUCUUGAUGACAUGAAAGAACAGAGGCAACCCAUCUACAAAUCGACUGGCCCCAGUGGGCCGGAGUCAACCGAUUCAUCCCGACCCUGAUUUUGAGCAGCUUUUCUUUGAGCUUUUCUAGCCUUUGAUUCCCCCUUCAACUCCUUCACUCAGCCUCCUUCUUUACCCUCACCCCAAAACUGUUCUUAGGUGCGUGCAGUCAGAGAGGUAGGGGAGGGAAAUGGUAGAUAAAGACACUGUAAUUUGUACCCACAGAACCAGCCAGAGACCAGUAGGGUCUAUGUAGGAAUACCAUUCACCAGUACUGCAGGGGAGAGGAAGUCUAGCCAUGGGAUAUCUCCUCUACACAGACCCCAACUUUUAGAGUGAGGGCCAUCCAGAGAUAUUAUCCUUAGCAAAUCCUGGUGCCCACAAGCAGGCAAAAACCUCUGGAGCAGCAUCCUCAGGAAUCCAACCAUUUUUGGUAUUGCCUUCUCUCUCCUUCCCCUUUCUAAGCUUAAGGAACAGAGGCCUGAGUUGGGAAGGAGGAACAACUCAGACAUGGAAGCCAGAGGUCUUCGAGGGAAGGGGAACUGAUGGCAGCUGCAGCUUGUGAUCCUGUCAUAGGGUGCAGGAGUCUCAGAGAAAGGACAUAGGUGCUUUCACACACACACUUGGUCUUGACUACUUGUAGCUCCUUGUCAGACAUGUACAAAUUUCCUUUAGGGUUAAGGACCAAUGAAGGAUGAGCACUGCCUCUUCUUCCCCUGCCUCACCUUCCCCCUCCCCUACACACAAGCAUUCAAGCACACCCCAAGCCUGUGGAACAGAUCUGCAAAGUCCCAGAUUACAGGGACUGUAGUGUUCCCUGUAUGCUCCCCCCAGUUUGGUGCCAAAGCUUUUUGAACCCAGAGAAACUUGUUUCCUGGUUGGUUUCACAGAAGUGGCUUUUUUUUUUUUACUAGUAACAGGGUUUAGCAGCUCUCUCUGCCUCAGGGCUGUCCUUAGUGGGAAGGAGAUAUUUGGUAAUUAUCACUGGUAUUUACCCUUCUCUGUCCCCAAGGACCCCCAACUGCACCUCUCAGUGCUGCCAUUUUGCAGAUUUACACUAUCUCUUCCCUGGGGUAGAGCCUCUCCCUACAGGGAGAGUCUCCAGCUUGAAAUCAAGGCUGGGACAACUUCAAGAUCAGGGCAUGAAUCUUCCCAUUUUUCUCCCUUAAGACAUCCUUCCUUCUCUGCUGGAGCUACCCACUUCUCACAGGGGAUCUCAUUCUCAGAUAUGGGGAUCUGAGAGAUAGGUCAUGGGGAGGAGUAUGUCCUGAGGUGAGGGCCAGUGCCAUUUUAUCUUCCCCUUUCUUUCCAAGCAACCCUCUAGACUUCUUUCCCCUAUAAAUACACUCCAAUCCAAACAGUACCUCCCAUUCCCCCUACCUUCCUUCAGGACUUAUUUCCAAAGAUAGGACAUACCACUAAUAUAGAGACAAAGGGGACUUUUAUGAGGGAGGAUGGAGGCUAGCUUAGAGAGAUAUGUCUGAAAAUAAUAACUCUGCAUCUACUUUCUUCCUCACUGUGGAAGAAAGGAGUUCCUUUAGCUGGCUACCCAAGAUGUUGGAAAUUAAGUCCCUCACUAUGUCUUGAGACAGAUAUACUGAAUGUCUUAGUUGGUUUUCCAUGGGUUUUAUAGAAAUAUGAUAUUGGUCCUUUGUUUUAAGGCUAAUUUUUAACCUUUUCAGCCAUACCUGUGGGGUUAGAGAUCGUGGGUCCAUGGAAAUUGGAUCCCCAGUUAGCUUUCUCUGAGAUCUGUUAAUUCCUUCCUCGUUCUCCAGACUUUGUCCCUUACCACUCAUCCCCACAUAAAUCUGUAGCUAGGGAAGUACCUUUUUUGAAAUCUCAAUUCAUUCUAGGGACUAGGAAUUCCAAAGACAGCUCCAUUUUUCCUCCCCACUACUUUUAACCUCUAGCCUACAUUAGGUAAUCCUUCUCUACCCCUCUGCCUCAUAUGAUUGAUUAAUCAAGGCCCAGGUUUUGAUAAGAGCAAGCAGCCAAGGUGCAGGGGAGGAGGCCAUCCCCUUCAACCUGUUCCUCUACUUGUAUUGUUGUUUUUUUUUUUUUUGUAAAGUGGAUGCCUUACUUUUUGGAUAAAUAUUUUUGAAGCUGGCAUUUCUAUUUCUUUUGUUUUUUAAACUGUUUUCAGAUUUUUUUUCUGGGUUAGGCAAGAAAGCCUCGAUUACAAUCUUCUUGUAUCUUUGGGUUGGUUUGGGUUUUAGGUUUGGUUGUAUUUGUUUUUGAUGUAAUAAAUUUUUAAAAUAGAAAAUGCAA